CCGCGUGAGUGUAUAUGAGCGAGGGGCGGGCGGGCGCCGGGCGGCGGGGAUGGCGGAGAAGCGGAGGGGCUCGCCGUGCAGCAUGUUAAGCCUGAAGGCGCACGCCUUCUCCGUGGAGGCGCUGAUCGGCGCCGAGAAGCAGCAACAGCUUCAGAAGAAGCGGCGGAAACUGGGCGCGGAAGAGGCGGCGGGGGCCAUAGAUGAAGGAGGCUGCAGCCGCGGCGGCGAAAAGGGCUCCUCCGAGGGAGACGAAGGCGCUGCUCUCCCGCCGCCGACUGCGGCGGCAUCCGGGCCGGCCCGCAGCUGCUCAGACCUGGAGCUGAGCUGCGGCUCCCGCGGAGCCGCGGGAGGCUGUGAGGACGGCUUCCUGCAGGGCGCUUCCCCACUGGCGUCCCCGGGAGGCUCUCGGAAGGGUUCCCCGGCUCCCACCCUGGCCAGGCCCGGGACCCCGCUGCCGUCGCAGCAGGCCCCGCGGGUGGAUCUGCAGGGAGCUGAGCUCUGGAAGCGCUUUCACGAGAUCGGCACGGAGAUGAUCAUCACCAAGGCGGGCAGGCGUAUGUUUCCAGCAAUGAGAGUGAAGAUCUCAGGCUUAGAUCCUCACCAGCAGUAUUACAUUGCCAUGGAUAUUGUGCCAGUGGACAACAAAAGAUACAGGUAUGUUUACCACAGCUCUAAAUGGAUGGUGGCAGGAAAUGCUGACUCCCCUGUGCCCCCCCGGGUAUAUAUUCAUCCAGACUCACCUGCCUCCGGGGAGACUUGGAUGAGACAAGUGAUCAGCUUCGACAAGCUAAAGCUCACCAAUAACGAACUGGAUGACCAAGGCCAUAUUAUUCUUCAUUCUAUGCACAAAUACCAACCUCGCGUCCAUGUCAUCCGUAAAGACUGUGGCGAUGAUCUUUCUCCCAUCAAGCCUGUGCCCUCUGGGGAGGGAGUGAAAGCAUUCUCUUUUCCAGAAACUGUCUUCACCACUGUCACGGCCUAUCAGAAUCAGCAGAUUACUCGCUUGAAGAUAGACAGGAAUCCAUUUGCCAAAGGCUUCCGAGACUCCGGGCGAAACAGAAUGGGUCUGGAAGCCCUUGUGGAGUCGUAUGCAUUCUGGAGGCCUUCGCUGCGGACUCUUACCUUUGAAGACAUUCCUGGAAUUCCCAAGCAAGGAAAUACAAGUUCUUCCACCUUACUCCAAGGUUCUGGGAAUGGCGUUGCUGCUACCCACCCUCAUCUUUUGUCUGGCUCCCCUUGCUCAUCUCCUGCCUUCCAUCUGGGGCCCAAUACCAGCCAGCUGUGUAGUCUGGCUCCGGCUGACUACUCUGCGUGCGCCCGGUCCGGCCUCACCCUCAACCGAUACAGCACAUCCUUGGCGGAGACCUACAACAGGCUCACCAACCAGACCAGCGAGACCUUCGCCCCGCCCAGGACUCCCUCCUAUGUGGGCGUGAGCAGUAGUGCCUCUGUGAACAUGUCCAUGGGCAGUGCUGAUGGGGACACCUUCAGCUGCCCACAGACCAGCCUAUCCAUGCAGAUUUCGGGGAUGUCCCCUCAGCUCCAAUACAUCAUGCCUUCACCCUCCAGCAACGCCUUUGCUGCUAACCAGACCCAUCAGGGUUCCUAUAACACUUUCAGGUUACACAGCCCCUGUGCCUUGUAUGGAUAUAACUUUUCCACAUCCCCCAAACUGGCUGCCAGUCCUGAGAAAAUUGUUUCUUCCCAAGGAAGUUUCUUGGGGUCCUCGCCGAGUGGGACCAUGACGGAUCGGCAGAUGUUGCCCCCUGUGGAAGGAGUGCACCUGCUUAGCAGUGGGGGUCAGCAGAGUUUCUUUGACUCUAGGACCCUAGGAAGCUUAACUCUGUCAUCAUCUCAAGUGUCUGCACAUAUGGUCUAAUGAAGCCUUUAAGUUAAACGACAUUCAAAUUGACCUAAUGUAUUUUCUUUCUUCAUUUUCUCUUUGUGUUUUUAAAAGCGCUAUGAAAAGAAGCUAUCAGU